UAUUUACCGAUUGUUUGUGUUUUUUCUGCAAUAUCAUUUUGUUUGUUUGUUUCAAAUUUUUUGUUUUUUGUUUUUUUAAUUACAUUAGAUUUUCUUUUCUUUCUGUUUAUCAACUUUUUUUAUAUCAUCAUUUUGGCCAAUCACCAUUUGAUGAUCGAUCGAUCGAUCAGACCAUCGAAGAACAAAAUCCAAUAAUCAGUUAACAACGACAAAGGCGACGGCAACGGCGGUGGUGAUAAUGAUGAUGAUCUUUGUUACUUGAGAUCGGUGAUUGCCUUUAUUUCAAAGUUUUUUAUUUUUGUUCAAAAAUCGAAUUUCAACACAUUCAAGCAAAAUAUUGUUUGUUGCGAAUAUUGUUACUGUUCGAAACGAAUGUAAUUUCGCAAAGUCUUUUUUAAUUCGUUCGAACGAAGAAAGAAACAACCAAAAUUUUCCAAUUGGUCAAUCAAAAAAUUCACAAGAUUCUGAUAAUCAUAAUCCAAAGAAUUCAAUGACCGUAAGGUCCGAUAAAAAAAUCACCCAUAGCGAAAGAGUAAUCACGUCUCUAAUAGCCGGUGCAAUAGCUGGCGCAAUGGCCAAAACGGCCAUUGCGCCAUUAGAUCGUACGAAAAUUUAUUUUCAAACACAGAAUAAAGCAUUUACAUUUCCAGCUGUAUUGGAAUUUUUAUUAAAAUCAUAUCGUGAAUCUGGUAUAACAAAUUUAUGGCGUGGUAAUUCAGCUACAAUGGCACGUGUUAUACCAUAUGCAGCCAUACAAUAUUCAAGUCAUGAACAAUUUAAACAUUUAUUACAAGUGGAAACUAAUGAUCAAAAGAGAGCUCAUCCACAUCGUUCAUUUCUCGCCGGUUCUAUGGCAGGUUUUAUAUCGACUGCAUCUACCUAUCCAUUGGAUGUAGCACGUGCACGUAUGGCUGUUUGUAGCAUGUAUCCAAGUCUUUCACAAGUGUUCAUUCGAUCUAUCAAACAAGAUGGAUUUCUUUCACUAUAUCGUGGUUUUACACCAACAUUAUGUGGUGUAAUACCAUAUGCUGGUUUUAGUUUUUUUACAUAUGAAACUCUUAAAAGAUUACAUUUUGAUUAUUAUGGCAAUAAUGAUAUUCAUCCAUUAUUUCGUAUGUUAUUCGGUGCAAUGGCUGGUUUAUUUGGUCAAUCAGCAUCAUAUCCAUUAGAUAUUGUAAGAAGACGAAUGCAAACACAACAAGGUUAUAGUGAACUUGGUAUAAUUGGUACAAUGAAAAAAGUAAUCACCGAAGAAGGUUUUGUACAUGGUUUAUAUAAAGGUCUUUCAUUAAAUUGGGUUAAAGGACCAAUUGCAGUUGGAAUUAGUUUUACAUCAUUCGAUAUGAUACAUAAAUUUUUAUUGACUGUUUAUAUUGAUGACAUUAGAUCAACAUCAUCAACCGAAGUAUCAAGUCGCGUAUGAAGACCAUAAGAUGACCAUCAAUGAAAAAAAAGCACCCUUAAUAUUCUUUACAGAUGUAAAACUAGUCAAUAUAUACAAAAAAUUCCUCGUAUGAU